AUGACACGACCAUCGAUCGUCAGAGCCGAUACUAUCGAUCUUCAAGAUCAUCACUCUCCAUCUGCUCAAGACCACUCGAAAAGCCCACGCCUGGGCGGUAACGCCAACUCCCUAGGUCCCCACCAAGCUGAGACUAUUCGUGAGGUCACACACGACAUUGCAGACGAACAGCGCCGCUCCCCAAGAGUUUCUCUCGAUAACCGCAACAGCCUCGACGAAAUUGAUUCCUUUGCAGACGAACUUGUCGCAAACUCUACGAGUGGGAAUACCCGCGCACAGGGCGCACGCGACAACAAUAGCAAGAUGAACCAAGAAGAUGCACUGGCAAUUGCGCAGAAUGGAGGCGUCUCAUCCUCGGAUGAGGGCGAGCUCGACGGUGACGAUGACCUCGAUGACGACAUGAUGGAUAAGAUCUCAAGUUCGCCUUCGAUUGAAGAUGGUGGGUGCUACCCCGUCGCUGCCCCUGUGGCAUGGCCGCGCCGUGUCUCUUCCCUACCUUCGCAAAGGAGUAGUACUCCCAGUAUCUCUGGUUCAAGCGGCACCAGAGUUUGCUCGCCAUAUCCCGAACCUCCCAAAUGCGUGCCUAGCCCAUGUGCAAUUGCGCAACUUCCACGAGCAUUGCCCACGAAAGUCCGGAACCAUCGUCUUCAGGGUGAGUAUACCGAUCGCGAUGAGCACAGUAACGACGCCGAACCUGGACCCGACGAUAGCUGGACAACGUCCAAUUCGACGGCCGAAUUUCACGAAACAUAUGAAGAAGUGGAGCCGCAGGUGAGUAUUGGAGGAAAGGGCACUAUGGUCGAUAACAGGGAGCAGGACAUAUUCUAUGACUGUGAUCCAAUGCUGGAUUUAUCCGAUUCGGAUUUGGACGACGACGAAACCCCCGACUUUGACCCCGCGCUUACUGUUCCCUACGACGAAUCUUUUGAAGACGAUGAUUCUGCACUCUCCAUUCCUGACGACUACAAUUUCAUUGACUCCGGCUGGGCGGUCGAGUGCUUACAAGACAUAGAGGACAUUGAUUUCGAAUUCGUUUACGCCCUUCACACAUUCGUGGCUACCGUUGAAGGUCAAGCAAAUGCAACCAAGGGUGAUACCAUGGUUUUGCUAGACGAUAGCAACAGCUACUGGUGGCUGGUAAGAGUUGUUAAAGACAGCAGCAUCGGAUAUCUACCCGCAGAGCAUAUUGAGACACCGACGGAACGUCUAGCCCGUCUGAAUAAACACAGAAAUGUUGACCUCUCUGCAACUAUGCUGGGGGAUACGGCGGAGAAAAAGCCACAGACGUUCAAGUCACCAAUUAGAUUUGGACGCAAAACGGUCACAUUCACCUCCCCAACGUACCAUGACUACACUGAAAUCGACGACUAUUCAUCCGAUGAAGAAGACUUGGACGACUUAUUUGCCAACUCGUCCACCACAACUAAGCAAGAUCAACAGCAACAAGAACAGAAGAAAGAUACCCGAGAUCCAGCUUCAACAAUAUCGAUUAUAGAAGAUGAUUCAUCAGAGGAGAGCGCCAGGGUCGAGCCUCUAAAGCCUCGUUCGAAUAAAGAAGUUAAAAUGGCUAUGGAGCCGUCGAAGGUCGACACUGUGGAAGAGGAAGAUGAGACGAGAAGCAGUGAGGAAAUACUGUUCGACAACAAACAGGAAGGCCCAAGCAGAUCCCGCAAUGGUACUGUCAGAAACACCGACUCUUUCUUUAGAGAUGAGACAGUCGAGACCAAGAAGAUCACUCUCACGCCUAACUUGCUACGAGACGACAAUCAACCUCGGCCUUCCCAAGACUCAACAACCAAGGACAUCAAGUCCCGAGGAAGUCUUGAUAAGAUGGACAAGGAGCUCAUGUCUGAUAAAGAGAAGAAGAAGCACCAAGACAAGUCUCGGAAAGAGAAGGAAAAGAAGCCGAGCGCCAUCCGAAGUUUCUUUUCCAGAAAGGAUAGAAAGAAGUCGGUUGACGAUGACGACGAAUCUUUUGGCAAGCGCUCUAUGGAUAUUGUAUCAGAACCUCGGGACAGCGAGUCAAUUGAGGAGGUCGCGUCGCCUGACAGGCAACCGCAACGGAGCACUAGUAAGCUUCAAAAGCAGAUGCCACGAACUGAAACAUCUCCCGGCAAAGGCGGGGAGACCUCAUCGACAAUGGAACUCGCAGCUUAUCUGGCCGAGUCUCGGGUCAACGAUGUGUCCAACGUGCCACCGGCGUCGAUGCGGAUUGUCAAUCCCGAGACACAAGAGACACAUGAAGUGCCAUCAAAUUCACAAUUUGGCGGGGAUCCGGCGAAGGUACGGUCCUCCUCAGCCGCUGCACAACACGACGAUACGAAGGCAUUGGCGAGGGCGCUGGGCCGCAGCGCAAGCACAGGAGGCGAGCCUAGGACAACUAAGACAGCCAAGCCUCGUCCAUUGAUGGAUCUGGAUGAACUGUCAAGCUCCGACGAGGAUGAUGUGUCUCAGCCUACGACCCGAACGACACCAGAGCAACCAAUCGAGAAGAAGCCUGAAGGUGGGCUACGGCCACAAUUGCCAGGAGCGUUCCCUGAUAGCUUCGACGCAACCGCCAAGCAGAACGCAUCCACAGCGGCAAGCCAAGACCAGAAGGAUCGUCUGUCAGAAUCACCGGUGCAGGUGUCACCUGUUAAUGCAACACGGCCACCAGCACUGGAGAUCGAUACGUCCUCCCAAGAUGGUCGCUCAUCCUCUGAUGUACCGUCACCAGAGCUUAUGCCUGGUGACGAGACACCUAAGGAUAGUAGCUCAACGAAAAGUGCCAAAGAACCUGGUUGGGACGACGAGAAGCUACGUGCCUUCUUUGACGAUGGUGAGCACGUUCGAGACCUUCUCAUGGUCGUGUACGACAAGACAGACGUGGAACCUGUUAGCAAGGACCACCCGGUGGUUAGUGGCAUGUUUAGAGAGCAGAACGCGAAGCUAGCGGAGAUUACCACUCAACUUGACAAUAUGCUCGGAGACUGGUUGGCUAGAAAGCAACGGCUUCGAGGGUCACUAUGA